AUGGCCGCCAUCAAGGCGCUGCAGCAGUGGUGCCGGCAGCAGUGUGAGGGCUACCGGGACGUGAGCAUCACCAACAUGACCACUUCGUUCCGGGACGGCCUGGCCUUCUGCGCCAUCCUGCACCGCCACCGGCCUGACCUCAUAGACUUCGAUGCCCUCAGGAAAGAAAACAUUUAUGAGAACAACAAUCUGGCCUUCCGUGUGGCUGAGGAGAAGCUGGGCAUCCCAGCCCUGCUGGAUGCUGAGGACAUGGUGGCCCUCAAGGUGCCCGACCGGCUGAGCAUCCUGACCUACACGUCCCAGUAUUACAACUACUUCCAUGGUCGAUCUCCUAUUGGGGGCAUGGCUGGUAUCAAGAGGCCCCCGUCGGACUCGGAGGCAGAACCAUCUGGGAAGAAGACCCCAGCUCAGCUGUCCUCACCUGGCCUGCCUCGGGGCCCACCACUGUCCCCCGCCAGGACCAACCCCAUUGUCCAGGGGAGGGCUGCAGGGACAAAGGACUCUCCUCCUACAAAGGCUGGUCCGACCCUCGCAGGCAGCUCCGUCAGCAGUACCUGUGCAGCCUGCGGCAAGCACGUGCACCUCGUGCAGCGCCACCUGGUGGACGGCAAGCUCUACCACCGCAACUGCUUCAGGUGUAAGCAGUGUUCCAGCACACUACACUCAGGGGCCUACAAAGCCACGGGACAACCAGGCGUCUUUGUCUGCACCAGCCACCACUCCAAAGCCACUUCUGCAAGCCCUGAAUCGCCAAGCCUAGCUCUCAGACACUCAGGGGCCACUCCUGUGAACUCCAGGCCCCCCAGCACCUCACGGAAGAAUGGGCAGCCGGCCCAGGAGUCUGUGAUGGGUGGCUCAGUGGCCAGAGGUUUCUCUCCAUCAGCUGCUGCGUCCUCUCACCUUCGUGGGGGCAGCCCUUCCACGUCCAGGCACCCCUCAGACCCUGUGGCCCCCAGCUCCACAUACAAAACCAGCACAAAGGUGACUAACUGCUCCCCGGCCGGGUGGUCCUCGCCGGCACAGGGAACCUCAGCAGCCAGGCCUCAGCCAGCAAGAUCCCUGAGUGCCCGGAACCCUCACCCAGCUGUGCCACAGGUUCAGGUAGCUCCCCCAGGGAUGACUUCGCAGAGCAAACUCAACUCGGGUACAGCAUCUGUGGGCACCUUGGACUCUCUGCCGACCUGGACCUCCUCAGCCUCCAGGACCCAGCAGGCCCGAGAGAAGUUCUUUCAGACCCCUAGCAAUGGUCUAGCCAGCCAGGAACCUGGGAAUGCACGUGUGGUCGACAGGCCCCUGGGGGACAGCAGUCGAGAGCAAGCACUAAAUUUCCUCAGGAAGGCUCUCCCGGGGCUCCAGGAGGUACCUAGCAGGCCGCCCACAGCCUCCUCAUCUGUCUCGGAUUCCCAUUCCAAAGCCAAGCCGUCAGGGGUAGCAUCUUCCCUGGCCCGCAGCUCUUCUGGGAGAAGUACGAGUGCUGGCUCCAGGCAGGGCUUGGAGGACGGCCCAGCAGGGUGGAGGGCCCUCCUGAAACCUGUGGAGAAGAAAAGCCCCCCUGAGAGGACUCUGGAAGUGAAGGGACCCUGGCCCCCAGGAGAAUCCAAGGUCGGGGAUGUUCCCAGGAAGGCAUUAGGGAGCUCCGACGGGAGUAUCCACAUCUCACGGACCCACCCGCAGUAUGACAGGACUUCUGAAUCUGACUUCUCAGCUUCAUCGCCCUCUCUGUCUUACCGGAGGAGGUUGGCUGUCCCUGACAGUCUGAAUGUGACUGGGCUGUGGCCCAAGCCCUCAGGGCAGGAAGCCAAGGUCCCUGGCUGGAAGAAGGCAGAGACCCACCCUUGGGACAAGCCAGGGAGAUCCCCAGGCUCCUCUGGGGUCCCCACCCCAUCCUACGAGGCUGUGACUUCACCCAUCAGGCCACAUCCGGGUCGCCUGACUCAGGAGCAGAUCCAGUGGCAGGUGCAGGACAUCCAGAGGAAGCUGGACAUCCUGGAGAGCAAGGGCGUGGAGCUGGAGAGGCGAUUGCGGGAGGCUGAGGGAGACUCCUCGGAAGAUGUCCUUAUGGCUGACUGGUUCCGGCUUAUUCAUGAGAAGCAGCUGCUAUUGAGGCAGGAGUCAGAGCUGAUGUAUAAAGCUAAAGACCAGCACUUGGAGGAGCAGCAGGUGGGCCUGGAGGGGGAGCUACGGCAGCUGAUGGACAUGCCUGAAGCCCUGAAGUCACCCCGGGACCGGCAGCGGGAGGAAGAGCUGCUGAGCCAGUAUGUGAACACCGUGAAUGACCGCAGUGAAAUCAUUGACUGCUUGGACGAGGACCGGCUCAGGGAGCAGGAGGAGGACCAGAUGCUACAGGAUAUGAUCCAGAGGAUAGACCUCCAGAAAGGCACAGGCAGGCAGAAGAAGAAGACCAAGUUCCGCUUUCCCAACUGGACCUCCAAGUCCAAAGACAAGACUCCAGAGUAA